ACCUCCCCCGGCGGCUCGGCACCCGCUGCCCGCCGAGCGGCUCUGCCCCGCCAUGGAGCAGGGGCCGGCGGGGGGGCCCGCCGCCGCCGUGGCCGCCGCGGGUGUACUGGUGCCGCUGAGCGAGAGCGAGCAGCAGCGUUACUCGGAGCUCUUCUCGCGGUGCUGCCCGCCCCCCGAGGCGGCCGCCGGGGGCAGCAGCGUGGGGGAACUGUUCCGGGCCUCGCAGCUGCCCCCGGACACGCUGCACCAGAUCACAGAAGUUUGUGGAGCCAAACGCGUGGGCUAUUUUGGUCCUGCUCAGUUUUACAUUGCUUUGAAGUUAAUUGCAGCAGCGCAGUCAGGGUUCCCAGUACGGAUUGAGAGCAUUAAGAAUGAAUUGCCUCUGCCACGGUUCAUGGCGCUGAAAAAUGACAGCGAAGUACGCUAUGGGACUCCAGCGGAGCUCCAUGGAGUUAAGUUUCAGGCUCCACACGCAACUCUGGAAAAAAAUUCCUACAAAAGAACUGAUGAAGGAGACAAACAGGAACCCAAGUCUCCACCAAUGUCUCCAAUCUGUUCACCUCCUGCUUCUCCAUCUACCUACCAGAGAAUACCCUUAACUUAUGGAUAUGGUAAAUCAAGAAGUGGGCUGGAGCAGCAGCAUGGAGCUCCUUAUGAAGUCAGACACUCUACUCACCAGCAAGAUGGAUCAUCAUCAGGGAAUUACGGGGCCAAACCUGCUCUCACAUGUUCAACUCUUAGUCGGUCUCUUUCAGCGGAGCGGGAGCAGCCAGACAGCAGUGCCCAUUACUCAGAUGACCCGUGGAGGAUAACUGAGGAGCAGCGAGACUACUAUGUCAACCAGUUCAGGUCUCUGCAGCCUGACCUGAACUCCUUUAUUUCAGGUUCCGUGGCAAAGAAUUUCUUCACAAAAUCAAAGCUGCCCAUCCCAGAGCUUUCUCACAUCUGGGAGCUGAGUGAUGUGGAUUGCGAUGGGGCACUGACGCUACCCGAGUUUUGUGCUGCUUUCCAUCUGGUGGUUGCAAGGAAGAAUGGUUACCAGUUGCCUGAGACGCUGCCUGAGACACUGCUUCCGGACUACCUCCAAGCAGCCUCUUUGAAGCCUCUGCGUGAGUGCGCACUGUUUGACUCUUACUCUGAGCCAUUGCCCGGCAGCCAGCCGACUCGGGACUUCAGCCGGAUGGAGAAGAAGACAUCAGCUGAAGAGGUACCUGAUAACUCUGCCCUGAUAAAAGAUACAAGCAAAGAUGACAAACAAGCUCUUAAAGUAAGCACUGCUGUCAAAGCGAUACCAAAGGAAUUUCAGCACUUGACUGUGAAAACAGCUGCUCAGGAACCUAGUGCACUUAAAGCCAGACCCAGAUCCAGGUCUUAUUCUAGCACAUCCAUAGAAGAUGCCAUGAAAAAGGGAGAAGAGCCCCCUACUCCACCUCCAAGGCCACAGAAAUCACAUUCCAGAGCUUCCUCAUUGGAUCUGAACAAAAUAUUUCAACAAAACACACAAGCUGUGAGGUCUGGCUGGCUGCCCCCACCACCACCCGCACUGCCCCCUCGACCUUCUGUAUCUCAGACAGAGCAAGUAUCUGAGGUUGAAUUACAUCCUCAGAUGAAUAGACCCCCGUCGCAGGCAGAAGAAAACAGCUCAGCAAAAAAGGAGGUUGUUCUUGCUCAGCCGCCCUCCAAACCAGCCCGCAGGAAGCUCCGGACGGAAGUGCAGGGGCUGGAGACCCCUGAGCUUUCUCCCACCAUAAAUGUGACUUCUUCUCUGCCGGCAGCGAAGUCUCACCUCCCAGUCCAAAAACAGUCUUCCAAGCAGAAGAGGGCUAUUCAGACUGCUAUACGAAAAAACAAAGAAGCCAAUGCUGUGCUCGCCAGGUUAAACAGUGAGCUCCAGCAGCAGCUGAAGGAGGUCCACAAGGAACGAAUUGCCUUGGAAACGCAGCUGGAGCAGCUACGCCCUGUAACUGUCUUGUGACCUCCAGCACACUGUGAGCAGCAGAGCACGUGCGCCAGCGGCCAUGCAACCACCGUGGCACAGUGUCCUCCGCCGAACUGACAGCAGUGGGGUGCCCGGCUUGUCCCCAGCACCCUGCUGCACCUGCUUGCCUCUGUAGAUGGAGAAGGUACAAAAAGCAAAUACCAAACUGUCAGAUGGUUCUGGGCAGGUGCUCUGCCCUCUUCACUCUCUCUUCCCAGCCUAACGUGUUUGCCACUGAAAUGAAUGAGAGUCUUUUAUUUAUGCCAAGAAUUCCUGAUUUAUACGUAUUCUCGCAACGCCUCCUAUCCUGAGUAUUAAGAGGUACAUAAUUCCAGAAUUGGUGUUUAAAUGUAAAAGCCAUCCUCUGAGAUGAGUUCCUGGAUGUUACCAGUUCCUGUAGGAUGGGAGAGGACCUGUGGAUUGAAAGUACAGCAGGAAUCCAACUCAUUAGCCGAAAAGAGUCUCUAUCCACAAUCAUUUGUCAGAUAAUUAUUUUCUUAGUGCUGUUUAUUAUUCAAUCACAGAUGUAUUUUAAUGUUAGAGAACUUGUAUUUUAUAUGUUACAAAUCGUAAGAGAGAACAGUAAAAAUAUUAAAUUUUUAUUAUUUUGGAAAUUACAAAAAAAAAAAUCUGUUUUUUGAGCUGUAACUCUUUCCUAUCACCCAUAUUUGAUCACUUGCUUGCUUGCAACUGACGGUGUCUCUGCAUAAGUUCUUCUUUAAACGAACAGUGUAUUUCUAACAAGAGGUUAAAAAUGCAUUCAGGGCAUUUUUGUAAAAGCUGUCCUAAGUAUAUUUGUAUUGGUCUGCUUUGUUGUUUUAACAGCUGCUAACUUGUUUUAAGGACAUGUGCAAGAACUGUAUUUCCAGAAGAAGAGAGAGAUCGUAACUGCUGCACUUGAGGUUGUAAAAUCUAUGAUGGAAACUAUUGCUUUCUACAGCAGGCUUUCGUUAAGGUUCUGUUGCACCUCACUGGAGAUACUGCUGAUAGGAUGAAGCUGCUUGUGCCCAUGUGGUUUGCAAAUGAAGCAAAGAUUAUUAUUAUUUUUUCCCUCGUCUGCUCCAAGGCCAGCUGAACUCCAUGGAAAAUUUUCAGGGGUGCAGUGGUCAUUGGCUUCAGUCUCAAUUCUCACAAUGGAAGCUGUCUAAUUAAUGUUGCUUUAUCUCUUAAGGGGCCAGUACUCUUAUACUGAGCGAUUUCAGACGUGUUAUCAGCCUUGCUCCCUUUGUGGAUAUGAUGUGUGCUUUGCUGCUAGGGAAUGUCACCUAUUUGUUAGUUAUCUUAAACAUGAUGCCGCAUGUAUUUCAUAUCCAGUUGUUCAUUGACCUAAUUUAAGUACACACUUUGCAAAAACUGCAACAGGUGGGAUUUUUUUUGACCAUUUUUGGUCCUACACAUUCUCCCACUAGCUGUAGGAUGGCUCUGGGGUUGAGAGGAAGGAGGAGAGGAUUUGAAAUAACUAGGUGGCCUCCCUUUGGGGUGUAUCAUAGCAUGGCUGCAGUGAGAUAUUGGAUGGCAUCAGAGCAGCCAGGAGUUUGGAGAUAAAUAAGAGUGACAUCAACAGGAAAGUGUAAAGUGAUGAGGAAACAGAUUACUUUUGUUGGAAUACUGGGGAUGUGGGAUAUGGAUCCAGAGUCUAAAGGUUGGAAAUAAGUGUUUGCAGAAUUGUUAACAAAAAUCUGUUUUUAUAAGACUUUGCUUUUGAUUCAACUAAACAUCACUGUGUGAAUGAGCAACAGCCGUUUCUCUAGAUUUGGAACUUUUUUGGGGGCUGUUGCGUAGCUGGAGUCAGAUGGUCAUUUCUGAUCAGUGACAAAGUGUGAGAGCUGCAAACUCUUGGGAAGCUGCAAAAGAACUAUCGUCCUUGUGCUAUCAGCAGUGCUGUUUGAAAGCUAACAUCGUUUACUUGUAACAUUGAGUCAUUUCUGAAAUUUUAAUUAGGUUAAGUGCUCUUUCUGUGUUUGCAUUUUAGUUCUAGUGUUGUCGUUUGGUUAAUAAACCCCUGCUAUUAAAUUGGAAAUAACCAUAUGGUACCUUUUGGGUUUUUUUUAUGUGUGAUUUUUGAGAAGAGCUUUUCAGUGGUUCUGAAGAAAAAUAUGCACGUUGCAUUUUGAAGAGAGCACUUGACUUCCUCACGUUUAAUAGGGCUUCCUCUGGUGUCAUCCUCCAUUUGCUUCACUUGGGUUAUUCAUGGAAUGGGUGCUGUUCAAAGAAAGAGUGGAAAAGUCUGUUUUAUGUCUUUUUCAACCUGAAGUACCUGAUUACCAACAAAGAAAUAUAUACUUAGUUGUUACUCUACCAUAGGAGUUAGUAAAUUUAUAACUUAACUGUCACUGAGGUUACAUUUUGAGAGGUGCACUCAAAUGCCAUGCUUAGCUUUAAGGCCUAGAAUAUGAGUUAAUUCAUAUUCUAUUUGCUGUGAUGAUGAUACAGUAGUUGAUACAGAGACCAAAUCAAGAUAUAUGAGGAUAAAUGUUGGUGUGUUAUGCAUAUGCUGCCUCAAGACAUUCUUCUGUGUUUCUCAGUCCUUAAACAUUUGUGAUAUCCCAUCCAAAGCUUCCCUACUUUUGGGAGGCUGUUAACAUUUUGAGAGAGAUAGGAGAAGGCAUAAUGAAGCUGUGUUUCUAGCAGUUGUUUCAUGCAGCCAUGCCCAUGGCUACUAUUAACAGUCACUGAGUGGUCAAAAUUCACAUCUAAAUCCUGUACUGUAGAUUUACAGAUCGCAGGAAAGUGGUCAGCUUUAAGCCCCUGGCAUGCCUGGCCCAGAACAGAAGCUGGGACCUGCUUGUGCCCAACCAGAGAGCGAGAGCAGCUUCCCACAGAUCAAAUCUUGCUUUCCUUGAUUCACCAUUUCUGUAAGCAUUUGUACAGAGCAGAGUAUCUCCAGCAAUGUAGGAUAACCAAGAACAGAAGCUAGAACAUGGCUUCCUGGCAUCUGGGAGCAUGCACGGACCACGCAAGGUGCCCCUUUCUAUGUCUUUGCUUUCCUGCAGCUAUUCCAAUUUGGACAAUUAAGUCGUUUUGUCCAUGAGAUAAGACUGGGCAGAGCAGGGUCCUAAAGAGGCUAUUGCACAUACCAGAUAAGGAUCCUCCUCAGUGUGAGAUUGUGUGUGUAAGUGUGCACUCACACAUCGUAGAAUCACCAAGGUUGGAAAAGACCUCCAAGAUCAUCCGGUCCAACCGUCCACCUAUCACCAACAGUUCUCACUAAACCGUGUCCCUCAGUACAACAUCUAAAUGUAUCUUAAACACCUCCAGGGGUCAUGCACUUCUUUAUGGAUCUGUUCGUGUUUGUUACACCUGAUACCUUUCUGUGAAGUAUUUGCUUCAAUAUGUGGUAAUUCCGUGCUGAAAGAGGAAGAAUGCCUAGCUAAGUAUAGUGAAUGGUUGCCUUCAUAGAGCCUUUAAAUAUAAACAGUGACCUGAUAAUUAUGCAAGGUGAACAGUUUCCACUUCAGAAGCAUUCAUUUGAACAAACUGUCUGUGGAUAAAACAUUAAUCCUUAGUGAUCAAUGCCCUUCUCCUAGUUAUUAAAUUAAUACUAGGAUGGAGAGGAAACUCUAUCACCUCUUUCCAAAGAGUUCUCCAUUCUCUCUUCCAGAGAGUUUUGCUGAUGUAGCAAAAAUGUGAAUGAAUUAGUAGAUCAAGCCCUGUCAUUGGUAAGCUAGCAAAUAUCCUUCUUAACUCACAAGAUUGUCUCUGAACUUUUCCUGUGUGUACAGCAGUAGUGUUACUGCUAGGAAUUCUGUAGCCAUGCUGGUGAGAGGAACUUGUCCAGCUUUCAUCGAGGUGUGCACAGCUCAGUGCUGUCAGGGCUAGCCAGCACAGGGUGAUGACGAGUCGGGCUGAAAAUGACCCCACUGGGAUGGCUGGGGUCAGAAGACUUCUCGGGGAGCAUUUAGGGUGGACUUGAUAAGGAAAUUGCCUUUCUCUGGUAUGUGAGCUGCCUUCCUCCCACUGGGGCUUCCAGGGCAGGAGAAAGACAGCCUGGAAGAUUCAAGCCAGGGGUUGAGGAGUCUUUUUUUCCAGCACCGUCAGUCCUUUGGCCUUCAGCACGCAUGGUCCCUGACAAGAAAAUACACGGAGUUAUGAAAGUCAGAUGGGAAAGAGGCCCUAGUGAAGCCACGUAUUUUAUUGACUGAAGAGUAAAACUAUUUUUUUAGGAAAAAAAUACUCCAAAUGAUGUAGUACCUUUGAGAAGAAAUUAUGUAGUUUAAGGCUUUUUCCAAUUAUUUCUUGAUAAUGUGCUAUGAACAUACGCAUUAUGUUUUACUCUGUUACUGAUUUUUUUGAUACAAAAUUGUAUUGCAAGCAUUAUUGUUGUUAAUCUAAAAAACUACCCUUAAGCUAUUAUAUAUUUGAAUUUUAACUUAUGAAGUAGAUAGCCAGAUUUAAGCAAUUUGUUUUCACAGCUGCAGAAUGUCCAUGUGGUAAGCUACAAAAUGUAUAGCGCUCUAUACUAUGCCCAUCUAAUUCUGGAAAAUGUAUGUGAUAUGGAACUGGGGUGCUACAUUAAAAUAAAAGUGUCCAAUAACUUCAAA